GUGAGGCGGAGGAGGAGAGCGGGGCUGCCGGGAAUCUGCUGGAAAACAACCUGCUACUUCCCGCUGCUGCUCUGGGUCGUUUCCGUGUGUGGAGAAGAGAAGACGUUCAUCGUGGAGACCUGGCUGAAGAACUACGGCUACCUGCUGCCUCACGACCUCCGCACCUCCGACCUGCGGCAGGAGAAGGCCAUGCAGUCGGCUGUGGCCGCCAUGCAGCGCUUCUAUGGGAUUCCUGUGACGGGCGUCCUGGAUGAGACGACCAUAGAGUGGAUGAGGAGACCUCGCUGUGGCGUCCCAGAUCAUCCUCACACCAGCCGCCGACAGAGGAACAAACGCUACGCCCUGACGGGACAGAAAUGGAGAGACAAGAAGAUCUCGUACAGCAUAUCCAACUUCACCCCCAAAGUGGGCGAGAAGGACACGCAGAGAGCGAUCCGACAAGCCUUCACCGUGUGGCAGACGGUCACUCCACUGUCCUUCCAGGAGGUGCCGUACUCGGAGAUCAAGAACGAGGGGAAGGAGGCGGACAUCAUGAUCUUCUUUGCCUCCGGUUUCCAUGGUGACAGCUCUCCGUUUGACGGAGAGGGGGGGUUCCUUGCCCACGCCUAUUUCCCUGGCGCUGGCAUCGGAGGAGACACACACUUUGACUCUGAUGAGCCCUGGACGCUGGGCAACGCCAACAACGACGGUAAUGACUUGUUCCUGGUGGCGGUGCACGAGUUGGGUCACGCGUUGGGUCUGGAGCACUCCAACGAUCCCAGUGCCAUCAUGGCUCCUUUCUACCAGUACAUGGACACGCACAACUUCAAGCUGCCUCUGGAUGACCUGCAGGGGAUUCAGAAAAUCUACGGUAUCCCCACAGCCAUGCUGGAACCCACCAGGCCGCUGCCCACUUUACCUUCUCGACGCACACACUCCACCUCCGAGCGCAAGCACGACCGCCAUUCCCGUCCGGCGCGCCCCCCCGGGGACCGGCCGGCGCUGCCUGGAAACGGCAAACCCAACAUCUGUGACGGCGACUUCAACACCGUGGCCUUCUUCAGACGGGAGAUGUUUGUGUUCAAGGACCGCUGGUUUUGGCGCCUGAGGAACAACAAGGUGCAGGAGGGCUACCCCAUGCAGAUCGAUCAGUUCUGGAAAGGCCUGCCCCCCCGCAUCGACGCCGCCUACGAGAGAUCUGACGGAAAGUUCGUCUUCUUCAAAGGUGAUAAGUACUGGGUGUUUAAGGAGGUCACGGCCGAGCCGGGUUACCCUCACGGCCUGGUGGAGCUGGGCAGCUGCCUCCCGAAGGACGGCAUCGACACGGCGCUGCGCUGGGAGCCGGUGGGGAAGACCUACUUCUUCAAAGGGGACCAGUACUGGCGCUACAACGAGGAGAAGCGCACCGCUGACCCCGGGUACCCCAAACCCAUCACUGUGUGGAAGGGAAUACCGGACGCUCCGCAGGGGGCCUUCAUCAGCAGAGAAGGCUACUACACAUACUUCUACAAGGGGAAGGAGUACUGGAAGUUCGACAACCAGAAGCUGACGGUAGAACCUGGAUAUCCAAAGUCGAUCUUACGCGACUGGAUGGGCUGCGACCAGUCCGACAUGGAGCGCUCCGGCGGCAGCGGGAACCGGGGGGACCGCCAGCUGCCCCUGGACGACGUGGACAUCAUGGUGACCAUCAACGACGUCCCGUCCACGGUCAACGCCAUCGCCGUGGUGAUCCCCUGCGUCCUGUCGCUGUGCAUCCUGGUGCUGGUGUACACGAUUUUCCAGUUCAAAAACAAAGGAGUGCAGCAGAACACCCUGGCACAGCACUACUACAAAUACCCCGUUCAGGAGUGGGUAUGACAGGCAAGCUUCCCCCGAGGAGGUCAAAGUUCACAGGUGAAGAGGUUGUCAUGUUGUUGGCUAGCUAAUGUUGGCUAAUGGCUAAAAACACUUGCAGAGGAAAGAGGAAAGGCGAUGCUAAGAGACGGUACCUGGCUUGAAACCCACGACCGUCUGGUGACACAAGCAAUUCUGACCCGUAAAACAAACUGAGAACUUGUCCACAGAUGCUGGAGGAGGAUGUGAUCUUCCCGAGGACAUGUUUUUUUCAGUCUUGACCUGAUGAUGCGAUACCGAACUUGGACUCCUCGUCUGGGACCUGCGACACGAAGCUCUCCUGCUCAGCGGAAAGAACGAGGAUGACGCUCUUCUGAGCCAGACAGCUUGUAUCGUGUGAACCUCUCCAGCUAGUACGAUGAGAUUUAAUUUAAAAAAAGGAAAUGAAUAAAAACCUCACACUUGAAGAUAAAUGUAGGUAGAACGGCCAUAACAAAGAAAACCAAGGAUUUCUCUUCGUUGAAUGGAAACUGUCAGAGGACAUUUUUCUCUCUUUUAGCACCAGACCCAACAAAAACAUUCCCAUCACCAUCAACUCAAACUCGACUUUAAUCCUCCCUCAACUUUUUAAAACCUGUGUAGAUCUACACCGUGUGGCGCGAUGCCGUGUGUAGAGUAGUGAGUCAUCAGCGUAUAGUGAUAGAUUAGCUCAGCGGCCUUAUCUCGAACACGUCUGCUCAUAUUUAAUAUCCACGCAGCCAGGGCCCGUAGGAAUCGAGCCGCUCCACGUAAAGCAAUGAAAAAACUCACAUGACAACAAGCGAUUUUUCUUAAAACCGGACCUUUCUUAAACAUGUUUUCAUUAAUUGUACAAAAUAUCUUAAUUGAUGAUGACAACUGCGCUGGCUGAUAGAAAAGUGGUAGUUUUAUCCCACUGUUUGCAUUUUAUUCAUAUAUGUAAUAGAAUGUUGCACCACACUUUUUUAGAAUUUAGUUUCUAAUUCAACCAAUUUCUUAUUUAAUUCCUAUUUAUACAUUCUGAAUAUAUUCGAUUGUUAAUUUUACAUGUUUACUGCUAUUUGAGAUAUCGAGGAUUUAACUCAAGUAAAAAGGAGCGUUUGAAUAAUUCAGAGUACACUUGUUUUUGGAGAAUAACAUAUCACUGAGUGAACAGUUUAUUUCUUUUUUAACAAACAGCUCAGCAGAUGAAGUGUAAAUCCUCUCGUCUGAUUGGCUCGUUCCGCUCGGGAGCUGCUCUUUGACUUUGCUCUACGUUACCUUGUUGUAAGUAGCAGGAAGUGGUUUGAGAAAUGUGUCUUAAAGCUCACAGGAACUUUUUUAAUUGUUAUACACACGUUUUUUAUCACAUUUCAGUUUGAGUUUUUAUGCUUGUAUUUAUUUGAGGUAUUGUAAAGCUGCGUUCAUUCAGAGGCGGGAACCUGAACGAGAACUUGGCCGACCGUGACGUGUAAUUCAUUUAAAACUUCACCGAUCAAUGGGACUUUUUCAGUUUCAGUCCACAUGCAGAAUAAACUUUUACUACGUGAUAGUUUAAUGUUUUUUUACCGAAUUCAGGCAGAUACACUUUACUUUGAUUUGCUGUUGAUGUGUGACAUCAAACAACUGCUCCUCCACGAUGACCUAUCAAUGGAUACCAAUAAUCUGCUUACCUCACACUGAUUCAGACGUUAUUCCGAUUAUGAUGUUUACAUGAGUUGCUCGUAGAAUAUUCCAUCAUAUUUCUGAUCAUGUUACAAAACACAACGUCAUUUGUCCGACGUUCUGGCCAGAAUUUUAAAACCCGACCUGAAAUGAUUGAUUCCAAAAUGUGAAAUCUACGGUUUUGAGUGUUUUUCUUUAUAAUUAAUCAGAAGAUGCUGUUUACAUGUCGGUGUAUUAUUCCGAUUGUUGUUUUUAUCUGGUUAAUAUCUGAAUAUUAGUGUCCAUGGAAUCGGGGGUGCGACCUGGAGGGAGAGGGAGGUGGAAUAGAGCAGGGUCUGGAUCCAGGGCGAUAGAGUCUCACACAGAGGAUUCGUGAGUAUUAGGAUUCAGAAACAUCCACCAGACUUAAUGAAGUCACUGCUGUUCACAAAGACACACGUCCCUCACUUGAAUCCCUCUGUCCUCACUCCGUCCUCUUGUGAUUGUCCCCGUUCCUCGGCCCCUCCCUCUUCACUUACCUCGUCUCCUUCAACGUCUUCAACACGUCUCCACAUCGUCUUCACAUCAACACAACACAACUUUAAGGACAGUUUGUCGUGAGUUGUGUUGGAAAUGACUCCAGUGGCAGAUGAGUUGACAGAAGUCACGAUGGUGUUUGCUUUCAUUGUUCGACACAGUUCAACUUGUGAUUUACAUGAAUUCAAGGUUUAAAACACAACAGUUGAUUUAAAUCGCUCAGGUUUGAGUUAUUUUCACAUUGCCAGAGGAACAAUAAAGAUUUAGUGUAGUCACAAACGAGGAUUAGAGGACGAAUGGUUUGAAGUAACGAUAACAAACGAGGAGAAUCUUUGGCGGAGCGGAGGAACAGGAAACGCUCUGGAACCAGUGGCUCUUUAUGGGAGUGAGUCAUCGAACCACUCUUCACUUUAUCUUCUGAAACAGCAGCUGCUUGAUUUAAACACACAAGCGUCUCAUUUAAAAGUCAUAAUGUGACUCAUGAUGGUUGGUUCAGGGGCCACUGAGCUCCCUGGAGAAAGACUUUCUUCAACAUCGUCCUCGUUCAAGCUCACGCUUUUGAUCUGCACCGUCCACUUGCACAGUAAAAACAUGUUGCAGCAACUCUCUCUCUCCUUCUCUAUCUCCCUCUGUCUCUCUCUCUAUCUCUCUCUCGCUCUAGCUCUCGCUCUCUCCCUCUAUCCAUCUGUCUCUCUCUCUCUCUCCCUCUGUCUCUCCCUCUGUCUCUCUCUCUAUCGCUCUCUCGCUCUAGCUCUCGCUCUCUCCCUCUCUAUCCAUCUGUCUCUCUCUCUCUCUCCCUCCGUCUCUCUCUCUUUCUCCCUCCCUCUCCCUCUCUCUCUCUCUCUCUCCCUCCAUCUCCCUCUCUCUCUUUCUCUUUCUCCCUCCGUCUCUCCCUCUCUCUCUCCCUCCAUCUCUCUGUCUCUCCCUCCGUCUCUCUCACUCUCUCUCUCUCCCUCCCUCUCCCUCUCGCUCUCUCUCUCUAUCUCCUUCCCUCUCCCUCCCUCCGUCCCUCUCUCUCUCUCUCCCUCCGUCUCAUCCUUCAGCUUUCUCCCUCCGUCUCUCUCACUCUCUCUCUCCCUCCACCUCUCUGUCUCUCCCUCCGUCUCUCUCACUCUCUCUCUCUUCCUCCCUCUCCCUCUCGCUCUCUCUCUCUCUCUCCCUCUCUAUCCAUCUGUCUCUCUCUCUCUCUCCCUCCGUCUCUCUCUCUUUCUCCCUCCCUCUCCCUCUCUCUCUCUCUCUCCCUCCAUCUCCCUCUCUCUCUUUCUCUUUCUCCCUCCGUCUCUCCCUCUCUCUCUCCCUCCAUCUCUCUGUCUCUCCCUCCGUCUCUCUCACUCUCUCUCUCUCCCUCCCUCUCCCUCUCGCUCUCUCUCUCUCUCUCUCCUUCCCUCUCCCUCCCUCCGUCUCUCUCUCUCUCUCUCCCUCCGUCUCUCUGUCCUGCAGUAAUUGAAAAUGUUCUCGCCGCCGUUGAGAGCGAUUGGAAGUCGUUUGUUGUCGCACGGUGUGAAACGUGUGUGUUUGUUCCUUGAGGGUUUGAACAAUGAACUCAGAGAGAACAACAACAGGGAAGCGACUCUGUCUGUGGAAACAUGAAUGUGGAUCGAAACUCAAAUUAACUCCCGGACAAAGCUCGUGUUUCUUUGUGUUUUUUCUCGAGUCAGACGAGAGGGAGAAAAUGAAAAAGCUGUAAAAUGGAAAUGCUCAUUGUUUGGAUGAAACUGGUUCAGGUCUGGAACCGGUGAUGGUUUUAUUGUGUAGUUUUUUAUCAGAACUUUCAGGAGCAACAACAACGAUUCAAACUUCAGUUGUUGAGCUUUGACCUAAUAGUUUCAACACAAACCUGAAGAUGAUGAUAAAGAUAAAUAAAUCAUAAUUAAAACUAGUUAAAUAGCUGAUUAAAGAUUCUCCUGAUUGAGUCCCCUCCAUGUUGUCAGACAUGUGUAGUUGUUGCAGUCUGGGUUGUGUUGAAGUUGUGUUGUGUUGGUCGUAAAGCUGCAGCCACAUUGAAUUCAUCUCCUCGUCUGUCACAAGCUGCUGAGUCGCUGCACUGAUGUAAUUGGGGAUAAAGUGCCUUGCUCCAGGGCAUGUCAGCAGCAGAUGCUUUAUGUGAAGAGAGGAAGGACACUUCUCUCUCUCCUCUGAUGCCGGUUCUCUCAGGCGGGGGGGAUUCAGGGGCGUUCAAGACGUCCACUCUUUUUUUUGGGACAAUGAAUGACUCGUGUUUUCAACCCGUUUAAUAAAAUGACUUUUCAACAGCUGAGCAGUGACUGUAAACAAAGAUGGACGACAAGAUAAACUCAGCCUCCUCCCUCUCUUUAGUCCCAUCUGCUAACAUGGAGGAGGUGGGGGUUACGACCUAUCCUGCAGCCAGCCACCAGAGGGGGGGGGGGGGGAUCAAGAUGAUUUGGCUUCACUUUUGGGGGCCGCCAUGUCGUCCAUCUUUAUUUUCAUUGUAAUUGGCUGAACCUGUUUUGUUUCCUGCAGCAGGUGAAGCUUCAGUCUCCAUCAUGUUUUAACACACACACAUACACACAAACACACACACACACACACACACACACACACACUAUCUCUCUCCCGUGUAAAUACUGUGAUUGCUGAGAUUUACAGAAGAAACUCCGUUUACAGAAAGUGCAGUGUGUGUUUCAGCUGAUGUCUGUUUGCGGACGAAGGAAACUCGUGUUUGCAUCGUUCAUGAAACCAAACACGUGAACGAGGUUUGUCUGAGCGGAGCUGGAGGCCGCGAGGUUCCUCCUCUCAGCUUCUGUCUUCAUGUUGAGUGCAGACCUGGGACAAACUGAGACUUUCCUCCUCCGUCCAUUUCCCAUCACUUACUCUGCUUCAGCCAUUGAAAACCAAAACAGGAAGUGGAGACGCUCUGACGGAUAAAGUGGUCUCUGUGUCUUUGUCCAGGUCUCUGUGUCUUUGUCCCAGGUCUCUGUGUCUUUGUCCCAGGUCUGGUGACGUUCUGCUGGGUUCGGACAACAGUGAGUUGCCUUUAAAGUUGGACUUAGUGAUCUGAGGACGCCACUCCCAACACAGAGCGGACAUUUAACAGAGAUCUUGCUUCUGCACGAAAUCCUAAGAAAUCGAACUUCAGAUUUGACUUUCAGUCUUUGGCCGGUUGAGGAAUCCUGAAGACGCAGAACCUUUAAAUUCAGUUUCCUCCAGAAGUCGGUAACUCUUGUUAAAUUGACCGUUUCUGGUUGUGUCUCUGAAGUGUCUCAGGGCGUCUCUGUCCUCAUGGAACCACAUGCUUCAUUUAAAGACCCACACUCAUGUCCCCACGUCUCUAGUGACUGGAUCCAGGGUUUGAUUUGAUCUGCAGCAAAUCACACACAGCUGCAGAAUACGAACAUGGUCAGGUGGAGUUUUAGUGCAUAAAAAAAUGUAAAGUCACAACUGAAAACUCAUCUUCACUGGUUUAUUUGAAAGUGACAUUAAAAGUCGUAUUUGUUUCCUGAGUAGAGUCAGUGCAGAUCUCUGAGGGACGUCUCUGUGGGUUUGGAGUCGGGCUUCACGUGACUCAGUCUUCCUUUAACUAGCCUGUUGCUGCCUUUCAUUUCUAAUGUUCUCUUUUAUUAAGAACAAUAUAUAUACACACACACAUAUAUAUAUAUCUAUCUGUAGGUGAAUUAAACAUAUCAGAAGUAGCCCGGGCAGCGUGAAGAAGUUCCACUAGAGCACGUGUAGGGAGGUUUUAUCAGAAAUAGCUUUAAGACAGAUUCAACUCAGUUUGUGUUUCUUAUAAAGAAAAAUACCUUUUGUGUAAAUACAGUUUGAUUUUUUUGGGUCUUUUGACUAAAUGGGUUGAUUAUAAAAUCAAAAUGAAAAAAAUCUGUCCUCUGCUCCUCACCACUACCUGAUGCACCCUGUGGACUUCAGUUCAGUUUUAGAGACUCAUCAUGUUUCCAGUCAAACGUCAGCUCAUGUAAAUAUAAAGAACAGUUUUGUAUUUAUUUCUUAUUUCAGAUCCUUAUCCUCUGCACAUGAACCAUUUCAUGACGAUGCUUAUACUGAAGAGGCAAGUUUGAGUUACUGGUUAUUCUGUGAUUCAGUUUUAUUCAUGUAAACGUUAACAGAAGUGUUUUUUUAAUGUUCGGUUCAGUUUGACUGUCCCAUGCCAAUUAUGUACCAAUAACACAAACUUCUGUUAACAAUGAAGCGUCAAUAAAAGUCAAACCUUCA